UUUCCUUAGAAAACGAAUCAAGGUGAGAAUUUUUUAAUUUCUAAUAUCAAAUUGAAUUAAUUUCCUAAUUAAUGACUUGAUUCAUCAAAGUGUUUAACUGACUAAUUUCAUGAGAUGCGACUAAUUAAAAGUUUAACAGCUCAUUUUUUAUUAAUAUUCUUCACUUCUUAUUUUCAUCGUUUAGAUUGUCAUUUUAAUUAAGGAUCAAGUAUCAUUUUGAUAACUUUAAUUAUUAUAUUUACAUGUAAUAGUUUAGUUUAUACAUUGGCACAAUUUUCGUGGAAAUGCGAAAAUAAUUGUUACAUUUUUAUGUAUCGAUAAUUGCAAGCAACUCGUACGAGCGAUUAUUGUAGAAAAAAACUGACCAGAAUUUUCUUAACUCAUUGAUACAUUAUUCCCCUUUCUUCUGACUAUUUCAUGGGUAAAAAUACAGAACGAUAUGAACUUCUUUUCAUUAUUUUCACUUGUCAACAUUUAGUUAUUAAGAACUUGAUGAUAUUUAUAAUCUGAAGAUUUUCGGUUGAGUAUUGACCCGAAAUCAAGCAAUACAUUUUAUUGUAUACAUUUUUAUUUUAAAAUAUCGAUUGACUUUAAUUAUGAUUGAUUAGUUUUGAUUUAGUUAAAUAGUCAACUGUAAAAAAACAUCAUUCCCAUGAUUAAAAUCUCUCUGCAUUCAAAUAUUUUUUGCUAAAUAUGUUAAUGUUAUCAUCACUUUAAUUAUCGGCUCAACUGGAAUAGCAAUUAAGUCUAAAUUAGUUCACUUCGAGCUCAAGUUAAGUUUACUUUCCAAUAGCUGGUGAGUGUCUGUCCUUUAAUCAUGAUUAUCUUAAUUAUAUUUACAUCUCUGAUUUUAUCAAUCUCAAAUGGAUCAUUGAUUAAAGAUGAAAAGGUAUCACUCGAAUUUGAAAAGAUACUCAAUUAUCGUGGAAACUUUUCCAUUGUUUUGAAAAAUAUCAAACCCCCAUGGAGAGCAACUUCGAAUUUGGAUUCUCAAAGAUUAUUUCGAUUAAUUAAUGGGGAAAGAUCAAUCGAAUUAUAUUUGGAUCGUAAAAAUUCAUUAUUUGCAAUUUCUGUGAAACGACCUGAGGCGAAGGAUCGAGAUCUAUGGUCGUUGCCCAUUCCCACGGUUAAUCGUACUUCUCAUCAUAAAUCGUUGUUGAUUUACUUUGAAUGGUUGGAAACUAAGUCCAAGAUAAAUCGCGAUGAUCAAAUCAAAGUUUGGGUAUUUGCUGAGUGUCAAGCGUUUGGAUCUAUGAAGUUGGAGCGAAGUCCAUUUGAAAACAUUGUCCCUGGUGAAGAUACGAUAAUUGUGGAGAGGGAAAAAAAGAUCAAAGUGAUUAUUGAAAAAGGAAUAACAAUUUUCGAUGUUUUGGAAAAAGAAUCUUGUCCAACUGCAUCAGCACCACCAUAUUAUUUGGUCGCUCGGAAUAUCCAAUCAACUGCAUUACCUUGUUUCGGAUCAGAUGACUCAUUAAACGAAUCAUCUUCUUGUAGAUUAGCAUCUUCUUCAUCAACAUCAUCCUCAUCAUCCCUUAAUCGAGGUGUUGCUCUGUUAAGCAGAACAUUGAUUCAAUUGGACAAAACUGUAAGAGAUGCAAUUGUUUCAAUUGAUCAACAGACUCAAGAGACUAAGGCUUUGAGGCAAAUUCUUGAACAAUGUGAUCUUUGUCGCUCAGAUAAAAGAAAAGUUUCUUGCAAAGAUAAUCCCUGUUUCCCUGAAGUCAAUUGCAUUGAUUUACCAGAAUCAUCUCAAGGAUUCACUUGUGGCUCAUGUCCACCAGGAUUCACAGGAAAUGGUCUUAAUUGCCAAGAUAUCGACGAAUGUAGUUUAGCAAAUCCUUGUGCAAUCGGUGUCGUUUGCACUAAUUUAUCUCCUGGAUUUGUUUGUGAUCCUUGUCCGAGUGGUCAGUCUGGUAAUCAAAUCAAGGGAAUCGGACUUGAUUUUGCUAGAAACAGCAAACAGAUAUGUUCAGUUACAAAUCGUUGUGAAGAUAAAUCGAACGGAGGUUGUAAGCCCAAUUCUCGUUGUAUAAAUCUAUCAGCAAAUCGAAUUGUUUGUGGUGAUUGUUUACCUGGUUUUAAAGGUAAUCAAUCAGUUGGAUGUUUCCCUCAAUCAGUCAAAACUUGUCCUGAUGGAAUUACCGUUUGUCACUCGAAUGCAAAUUGCUAUAAACUAAGAUCUGAAAACAGAUACUCAUGUCGGUGCGAACCAGGAUGGGCAGGAGAUGGACACAAUUGUGGAGUAGAUAGAGACAUGGACGGUUGGCCCGACAAUCCGCUUGCUUGUAACUCAAUUAGAUGUAAACAGGACAAUUGUCCAUUGAUCCCUAACAAUGGUCAAGAAGAUGCUGAUUCCGAUGGAAAAGGUGACAUUUGUGAUGAAGAUGCGGAUAACGACGGAGUGAUUAACAAGCUUGAUAAUUGUCCACUAAAAGGUAAUUCAGACCAGAAAGAUCUUGAUGAUGAUAGUUAUGGUGAUGUUUGUGACAAUUGUCCAACCAAAUCAAAUCCUAAUCAACUUGACUCAGACUCUGAUGGAUUGGGUGAUGUUUGUGAUGAUGAUAUUGACAAUGAUGGGAUAAUUGGAUCAGCUGAUAAUUGUCCAUUUGUUCAUAACCCUAAUCAGUCAGAUAAAGAUGCUGAUGGUAUAGGAGAUUCUUGUGAUAAUUGUCCUAAUUUGCAUAAUCCGGAUCAAUUGGACGAUGAUAGAGAUCUGGUGGGCAAUGCAUGUGAAUCAACAUCAGACAUUGAUUCAGAUGGAAUACAAGAUAAUCGAGAUAAUUGUCGAACAAUUUCCAAUGCUGAUCAAUUAGAUACUGAUGGUGAUGGAUUAGGUGAUAUAUGUGAUAAUGAUAUUGAUGGUGAUGGAUUACCUAAUUCAUUAGACAAUUGUCCUCUAGUUUAUAAUCCUGAUCAACGCGAUUCAAUUACAGGAUCAGGUGUUGGUGAUUCUUGUCGCAAUGAUACAGAUGGGGAUGGAGUAUCAGAUACAGAUGAUGUUUGUCCGGACAAUAAAUUUAUCUAUGUCACCGACUUCCGGUCAUUUGCAACAAUACCACUUGACCCGGAAGGUAAUUCUCAAAUUGACCCUCAUUGGGUAGUCUAUUCACAAGGAGCUGAAAUUGUGCAAACUCUCAAUUCGGACCCAGGUCUAGCUGUGGGCUAUCACGCAUUUGCUGGGGUCGACUUUGAGGGAACCAUGUUCGUCGAAGCCAAUAUCGAUGAUGAUUACAUUGGGUUCAUCUUUAGCUACCAAGAUAAUCGCAACUUUUACACAGUCAUGUGGAAAAAAGCAGCACAAACUUAUUGGAGACCGACGCCUUUCAGAGCAGUCGCUUCACCUGGAAUUCAACUGAAACUUGUUCAAUCGACUACGGGGCCAGGGGAGAUCAUGAGAAACUCCCUCUGGCACACAGGUAAUACAACGAAUCAAGUCUCUUUACUGUGGAAAGAUCCUCGAAAUGUCGGAUGGAAAGAGAAAACUGCGUAUAGAUGGUCACUUAUUCAUCGACCCAAAAUCGGUCUCAUUAGAUUACGAAUUUACGAAGGCGGUUUACUAGUCGCUGAUUCUGGUAACUUGUUCGAUAAUAGUCUCAAAGGUGGAAGGUUGGGAGUUUUCUGUUUCUCUCAGGAAAAAAUAAUUUGGUCCGAUUUAGUUUAUCGUUGCAACGAUCAAUUGCCCGCAAUGAUUUACAAUCAACUCCCAAAUAAAGUGAAAGAUUUGGUUGAAAUCGACGAAACAAAACCAACGGACAUGAAAAUGAUCGGGAGAGUUUCGUCAAUUAGAAAUCAAUUUGAAGACGACGAUGAUGAUUCCGAUGAUGACGACGAGUCGAAUUUAAUUCCAAUAUGAAUUCAACAUUAGUGUUCUGAGUAACCAAAUGACCCGAAUUAUAAACAACUAAUUGAAUGUUUCCCCUUAAUUCAGCAUUGAAGCUAAAGAUUAAUUUGAAUAACAUUGUUAAAUGAAUUUGUAAUUUUUGAUCAAACUAUUAAUUGUAAUCCAGGUUAAUUGUAUGUUAAUUAAAUGAUUUAAUAAACCCAAAGGUUAACCAUUAAUCUCAGUGAC